UUGAAACUUAAAGGAAUUGACGGAAGGGCACCACAAGAAGUGGAGCUUGCAGUGUUCAUCGAGUAGUCGUCGGGUACAGACGUAUGUAAACACGCUCCGACAGAGUUUCGAAAAAACACCCGAUUUCCGGGUGUGGAAAUUUGGAGUAAAAAUUCGUGAUUUUGGUGCCGGAAGCACUUGAUUUUAAGUAAAUCGAUGCUUCUAAAGCGUUUGCGAGUGUUUUCGAAACGAUUCGUGCAGUGAAAAGUGGUAAAAAGUGUAUAUUUACAUUCCCAUACAUUUUGUAUGGGGAACUUUGUUCGUUAAUAACUCCGUGAAUACUGACCGGAUUCUUGCCGGAUGUGUUUUGAAAGGUGCGCGUAGUGACGCUGAACGUGAAUUUACAAAAAACAGAACGAAAAUCGGUGAAAAAACGAGAAAAUAAAAAGUGUCGGGGGUGCUACCGCCGGAGCACGUGCUUUCGGAAAUAUCGAAAUAAAUAGUAAAUCGCGAAUAACUCCGCGAGUUUUGCUCGGAUUCGUGUGCGGUUUUCACCGUUGUGCUUGUUUUUAUGCGUACAAUAAGAUUGCAUCAAAAAAUUUGUGAAAAUCGUGAAAAAUUUUUUGACGUUUCUUGGUGACAGUUCUAUAAUACCCAAGGGACAAAUUUUGUCCGGGAAGCAGUUCCCAAGGGGCAAAAUUUGAAAAGUCCGUUACUGCUCGAAAAGUGCUCGAUUUUUCAAAAAGUGCGCAGAAAAUUCGGGGAAGAAGUGUAGUGCCCGCGGCAGCUCGAAUCUGCUCGAUUCGAGGAGUUCGAGCAACUCGAAAACUGCUCGAAUUUUUUGAAAAAUUUCGAAAAAAUAGAAAAAAAUCAGUGAAGCUGCGGGGUGAUAGAGGGCGAUAAAAGAAAGCACGGGAAAAUUAUUUUCCCCCCUCCCCCCCACCCUGCUUCCCCCAGGGAGCAGAUUAUAUCGUUGUGAAGCAGUUAACACCAGCAGUGAGCAGUGAGUGAGUGAAAAUUACAACAGCUGGGCGGCUUAGCAUCCCUGGGGUCAUUUCGACCCCUCGGGGUUAUAUCGACCCCCCAGUGUCAUCUCGACCCCCAAGGGAGUCCAUAUAGAAGAUGGAACUCCCAAACCGCAGUUUGAGGUCUCGGCAGCCAUCCGUGGACUGCAGCAUGAGUGCGGUUCAGAAGAAAACCGUAGUGUCAGCCAAAAUUGACACUGGACGUACAUCCCUGGCUGCACGUUCGAACGAAGAGAAUGAGGUUCGUCUGCACCUGAUGUUGCAGGCGGAGAAGGCGGAGAAGGCGGAACUUAUGAAGACGGUAGCAAGUCUUCAGGGCAUUGUUGAGGGGUUGCAGAAGCAGCUUGCGGAGGCACAGCAGGCCAGGCUUUCCGCCGAAGCGGACGCAAAGAAGGAGAGAGACGCAUUGCUGGCCGAGAUUCGCGAUCUAGGGAAGCAAUUGCGCCAGGAGCUCUGCUGGCAACGCGGGCUACAGCAGCAAGCACAACCUGGUCCGUCAGUGACAGCGGCGGUAACGCUCCCGGCCUCCCAGGUGCUAACGGGAGAAGACAUCCGGCAAGUGGAGCAGCCCAGCUUCGCUGAGGUCGUCCGCCGCAAAUAUCGCGGCAUGGCUAAGGGGAAACCCCGGCAGCCCCCUCAGCAGCAGCAGCAGCAGCAGGAACACCAGCAGCAGCAACCACAACAGCAGCAGCAGCGGCAGCCACAGCGACAGCGGUCGCCGGCGCAGCGUAGCGAGCAGUUGCGCCAGGAGCGACGGCGUCCAGCACGCCCUCGGCAGGACCAGCUCAUCUUUGAGCCGGCCGAGGGCUGCUCGUACAGGGCGCUAUUCGAAAACAUACGCCUAAACCCGCGAUUGGCCGAUGAGAACAAGGGAGUCGAGCAGGGCUACCGCACGUCGCGGGACUUCCUUCGCCUCUCGCUCAAAAAGGAUGCAGACGCCGCUGCGUUGCUACAGCGCAUCCAGACGGAGGUGGGCGAUCUGGCCACUGGACGGAUUAUUACGGAGAUGGCUGAGGUCCUCAUAUCCGGAAUCGACAUGUUGGCCAAGAAGGAGGAUGUAGAACGCGGUCUGCAGCGGGCGCUGGAGCGCACAGCAGUUGCAGCAACAACAUCCAUACGCUGA